UUCUGCUUGAUAGUAAGAGAGACGCGCUGGGGGCAGCAGAGAGACCGAAUGGCAGCGGCACAUAUGCAAAGACAAAGCCUUCCAUUGGCUGCAGCCGCCUGGUACCCAGAGAGAGAGACAGGAGGAUGGAAAGACCUGUGUACUGCUCUAGCAUUGUGCGCCGUUGGUAUGUGUUGUUUGUGGCAGGAUUUCACACGUCGACGAGUAUGGACUUUACAUUAACCUACUGAUAAGUAUGAAAGUCACUUUUGGAAUCUAAGGUUCGUAAAGUGGAGUAUGAUUCACAGACAGGUGAUAUUAUCCCAGAAAAGAUAAUGAAAACAUCCUCAGCAGCUAUUGGCAAAGAUACCGUUUGACACGGAAUUGAUGUGCUUUCAGUUGACGGGCCAUUAUGCUGCUGCACCUGUGUAGUGUUAAGAACUUGUACCAGAACAGGUUCCUCGGGCUGGCAGCCAUGGCCUCCCCCUCGCGGAGCUCGCAGAACCGCCGGCGCUGUAAAGACCCCAUGCGCUACAGCUACAACCCCGAGCAGUUCGCCGGCGUGGACCUCCGCAACGGGCCGCACAGCGGCGCCUUCAUCCCGCGCUCCACCAGUGACACCGACCUGGUCACCUCCGACAGCCGCUCCACCCUCAUGGUCAGCAACUCCCUCUACGCCAUCGGGCAGUCGCAGGACAUCGUCAUCUGCUGGGACAUCAAGGAGGAGGUGGACGCCGGCGACUGGAUCGGCAUGUACCUCAUCGAUGAGGUUCUGUCGGAGAACUUUCUGGACUAUAAAAACCGGGGAGUGAACGGGUCACACAAGGGGCAGAUUGUGUGGAAGAUCGACGCUAGCUCGUACUUUGUGGAGGCGGAAACGAAGAUCUGCUUCAAGUAUUACCACGGGGUCAGCGGGGCCCUUCGAGCGACCACCCCCAGCGUGACAGUGAAGAACUCCUCUGCACCUGUGUUCAAGCCUGUCACCGGCGAGGAGGUCAUUCAGAGCCAGGGCACCCGGCGACUCAUCAGCUUCUCCCUGUCCGACUUCCAGGCUGUGGGACUGAAGAAGGGCAUGUUCUUCAACCCCGACCCGUACCUGAAGAUCGCCAUCCAGCCCGGCAAGCACAGCAUCUUCCCCGCCCUGCCCCACCACGGCCAGGAGAAGAGGUCCGGCAUCGUCUGCAACACCAUCAACCCGGUGUGGCAGAGAGAGUGCUUCAACUUUGUGUCCCUGCCCACGGACGUCCUGGAGAUCGAGGUGAAGGACAAGUUUGCGAAGAGCAGGCCCAUCAUCAAGCGCUUCCUGGGCAAGCUGUCCAUGCCUGUGCAGAGGCUGCUGGAGAAGCACGCCAUCGGGGAUCGGGUGGUGAGCUACACGCUGGGCCGCAGACUGCCGACCGACCAUGUCAGUGGCCAGCUGCAGUUCAGAUUUGAGAUAACCUCCUCCAUUCAUCCAGACGAUGAGGAGGUGUCCCUCAGCACGGAGCCCGACUGCGCUGUGGCCCCCGACGAGCAGGUGGAGGCCCAGGGUGUGGGCCCCGCACCCGAUCCCCCCGCUGACGACGCCCUGAGCGUGGGGCCCGAGGCCCCGGAGCUACCCUCCGACGAGACCGCGGCCGACGCGGAGGCCUCCGGCCCUCCGGACGCUUCCCCCCCGACGGCGCCCUGCGAGGAGGAGCCGGGCCCCGCUGAGACAGCGGAGGAGGAGGAGGAGGAGGAGAGGGAGGGAGGAGUCACAGAGGAGCCAGAGGAGCCGGGGACAGAGGACCAGGAGGGUGAGGCACUGCCCCAUCUGCAGACUGAGGAGCAGAAUCCAGCUGAACAGGAGGAGGGCGAGGCGAAUGAGAUCGUAGCUGAUGGGGAGGUGGAGGUAGAGGUGGAGGGUGAGGGGGAGGCGGAGGCGGAGGGGGAGGUGGAGGGGGCAGAGGCUCCUGCUGAAUCCCUCACGGAGGCGGCUCAAGCGGACAGCAGGGAAGGCGGGGCGGAAGAGCCAGCCUCGGCACAGGAACAGGAGGUGCCGGAGGAGCCAGAAGAGGAGGAGGAGGAGGAGGAGACGGAGGACGAGGAGUGCUGCUCCCUGCGGAUGAGGAGCGCCCUGAAGCGCAAGAACCGGCCCUGCUCCCUGCCCGUGUCCGAGCUGGAGACAGUGAUCGCCUCGGCCUGCGGGGAGCCGGAGACCCCCCGGACCCACUACAUCCGCAUCCACCACCUCCUCCACAGCCUGCCCUCCGCCCAGCUCAGCCAGGACCCCGACCCCGACCCCGACCCCGACCUCGACCUCGACACCGAGGAGCCCACCGUCAAGCCCCCGGAGGGCAAGGAGGAAGGGGAGGAGGGGGGGGCGGAGGACAGCGCCUCCGAGGCCGCCUCCCAGACCCUGGCGUCGGACGAGCCGGGCCCCUGCUGCCGGCGGGCCCUGCCCCGCAGCCUGUCCAUCGAGCGCCUCUCCGACCUCAACCAGCUGCUGGAGGGCGAGCGGCCGCGGCCCGACAGCGAGAGCGAGGCCGGGGGAGGGAGGCCGCCGGGCGGGGAGAGCGAGUGCGACCUGUGCGACGCCUCCUGCUACAGCACCUCCUGCUACAGCACCUCCUGCUAUAGCACCUCCUGCUACAGCAACUCGGGCUACGAGGGCCGCAACCGCUUCUGCAGCCACACCCGCUUCUCCUCGGUGGACAGCGCCCGCCUGUCGGAGAGCACCGUCUUCUCCUCGCAGGACGAGGAGGAGGAGGAGGAGAACAGCGCCUUCGAGUCGGCGCCCGACUCCGUCCAGAGCCCCGAGGCCCGGGACCCGGGCGACGGGACGGCCCAGUGGCCGGGGGAGCCGGGGCCGCUGGAGGGGAGCCCCCCGAGCAACUCUGAGGAGUCGCCUGUGGCCGGGCCCAGCAGCAGAGCUACAGGCGAGUGUCCCUUGCCAUGCAGUCAUCCUCCAGUCAACCAACUUCCUGCUUUGCGACCUGAUCCCCACCAUUAUCCAACUAUUGACGAACCGUUGCCGCCAAACUGGGAGGCGCGGAUCGAUAGCCACGGCCGCGUGUUCUACGUGGACCACAUCAACCGCACCACCACCUGGCAGCGCCCCACCACGGCGGCCAUGUGCAACGGCAUCCAGCGCUCGGGCUCCCUGCAGCAGAUGGAGCAGCUCAACAGGAGGUACCAGAACAUCCAGAGGACAAUGGCCACCGAGGACGAGAGUGUGCGAAGGAACGAGCGGACGGGUAGCACUGACACAGAGAUGGACUCACCGCCACAGGCCAACGAGUUGAGAAGGGAGGCUCCCUCGUCGCCAGUCAACAGUCAGAAAAUCACCUUACUGCUACAGUGCCCUGCGGUCAAGUUCAUCACCCACCCCGAGUUCUUCACCGUGCUCCAUGCUAACUAUGGCGCAUACCGGAUGUUCACCAACAGUACCUGUCUAAAGCACAUGAUCCUGAAAAUACGCAGGGACGCACGCAACUUUGAGCGCUACCAACACAACAGGGACCUGGUCACGUUCCUCAACAAGUUCGCCGAUACACAGCUGGAGCUUCCCAGAGGUUGGGAGAUCAAAACGGACCAACAGGGGAAGUCGUUCUUUGUGGACCACAACAGCCGGGCAACGACCUUCAUCGACCCCCGGAUCCCUCUGCAGAAUGGCCGCCUGCCCAACCACCUGACCCACCGCCAGCACCUGCAGCGACUGCGCAGCUACAGCGCUGGAGAGGCGUCAGAGGUAUCCCGGAGUCGAGGAGCAUCCUUACUGGCAAGGCCAGGAAACAGUUUGGUGGCAGCCAUACGGAGCCAGUAUCACCAGGACUCGAUGCCACUAGCUUACAAUGAUAAGAUCGUGGCAUUCCUGCGCCAGCCAAACAUCUUCGAUAUGCUUCAAGAACGCCAGCCGAGCCUCGCCAGGAACCACGCACUGAGGGAGAAGAUCCACUACAUUAGAACGGAAGGCACACACGGAGUGGAGAAGCUGUCGUGCGAUGCUGACCUGGUCAUAUUGUUAAGCCUGUUUGAAGAGGAGAUCAUGUCAUAUGUUCCACCCCAUCCCUUCCACCCUGGAUACAACUUCUCACCACGCUGCUCACCAGGAUCCUCGCCCCAGAAUUCCCCAGGCUUACAGAGGGCCAGGGCCCCCGCCCCCUACCGCAGGGACUUUGAGGCCAAGCUCCGCAACUUUUACAGGAAGCUGGAGGCCAAGGGCUACGGUCAGGGGCCAGGAAAAAUCAAGCUCAUCAUUAGAAGAGACCAUCUGUUGGAAGGGACCUUCAACCAGGUGAUGGCCUACUCCCGCAAAGAACUCCAGAGGAACAAGCUCUAUGUGACCUUCGUGGGCGAGGAAGGUCUGGACUAUAGUGGGCCAUCACGCGAGUUCUUCUUCCUGCUCUCCCAAGAGCUCUUCAACCCUUACUAUGGCCUGUUUGAGUACUCCGCCAACGACACGUACACGGUGCAGAUCAGCCCCAUGUCAGCCUUUGUGGAGAACCAUCUGGAAUGGUUCCGGUUCAGCGGUCGCAUUCUGGGCCUGGCGCUGAUCCACCAGUACCUGCUGGACGCCUUCUUCACCCGACCCUUUUACAAGGCCCUCCUCAGGCUACCAACUGACCUGAGUGACCUGGAGUAUCUGGAUGAGGAGUUCCACCAGAGUUUACAGUGGAUGAAGGACAAUGACAUUACUGACAUACUGGACCUGACCUUCACUGUGAAUGAAGAGGUCUUUGGUCAGGUUACAGAGAGGGAGCUCAGGUCAGGCGGGGCUAACAUCCAGGUGACGGAGAAGAACAAGAAGGAGUACAUCGAACGGAUGGUGAAAUGGCGGGUCGAACGUGGUGUAGUGCAGCAGACAGAGGCGCUGGUUCGGGGAUUCUAUGAGGUGGUAGACUCUCGCCUGGUGUCUGUGUUUGAUGCCAGAGAGCUGGAGCUGGUCAUCGCUGGUACAGCAGAGAUCGACCUGAACGACUGGAGGACCAACACUGAGUACAGAGGGGGGUACCACGACGGGCACAUCGUGAUCAGGUGGUUCUGGGGGGCAGUGGAGCGCUUCAACAACGAGCAGAGGCUGCGGCUGCUGCAGUUUGUGACGGGCACCUCCAGCGUGCCCUACGAGGGCUUCGCCGCCCUCCGGGGGAGCAACGGCCUGCGCCGAUUCUGCAUCGAGAAGUGGGGCAAGGUCACCUCCUUACCCAGGGCCCACACGUGCUUUAACCGGCUGGAUCUACCCCCAUACCCCUCCUACACUAUGCUGUAUGAGAAGCUGUUGAUAGCCGUGGAGGAAACCAGCACCUUUGGCCUGGAGUGAAGCCUACGGCUGAGGCUACUUCACCGGUCCACUUUGGUGACUGGAAACAAAUUCCCUUUUAUAUUCAUACAACUAUGAUUUUUUUCAAAAAGAUGAUGAUUAUUGUUUUUUGUUUUUUUUUUUUACAAUAUGUAUAUGAGUGAUUUAAAAAGAAAAUGUAUGCAUGUCUAACUCACCUGAUGUAUUGUACAUUCUGAGGGGGCUUGCACAAACAAGAUGUAUGCAAUAGCAAAUACCUGGCUCCAGCCUAUUCUGCGCUUUGACGCGACCACCCCCCCUCCUGCGCACCCAUGUCCAUGCCCGCUCCAAUGCCACCCACGGUGUGAUGGUCCAUCUUCUCAAAGUGUAGACGCCACCCAUACAACCCACCACUACAGCCAGCAUCUUCUAAUCUUCCCUUCCCAGAAGCCAUUUUACAAGAACAUCGCAUAAUCCACAGCGGCUGCCGAAGAAUGUUCAGUGACUACAAACCAAACAAACUUUUUUUUGUCCAUUUCUGUAAGUUCUUCUUCUGUUCAAAAUUAUGAUUUGCUAAGUAAAUGUUUGUUAUCUGUACACUUUAUUUUGGUGAUGGCUCGGGAUUGUUUGGAAAUUACUGUUUAUUGGAGCAUAGUAUAUGGUUCUGUUGCAGUCACACAGUGUCUUGGCAGAGAGAGAGAUGUGCUGUUAUCGGUUCCUUGUAACAAUUCAAAUGUGUGGGGGCAGUGAUUAGAUGGACUGUAAGGUGUUAUUCAGGAUGAAAUUGAACAGUGCUGACAUUAUCAACUUUUUUAAAAACCCUCAAAAUCUUAAACAUAUAAGGGCAUUUAACCCUGAAAUUGAUCAUAUUCACACAAAAACUAACCCCAGCGUAACUAUAUUUGUCCUUGUCAUUUGUCUCCAGAAAGACUUCUUUCAGUCAAGCAGUGUCAACAUAGCUUUGAUUUUCAUUAAGUCAUAAUUGCAAAGGUAUAUAAAUACUGACUGAAACUUGGGACAGGAUAACUAACUCGUGUGAAGGAUCAUUUCUCUAAAUCCAAUGACAUCAUUGUGAGGUUCAAUAAUUUAUCUCCUUGAACUAUUAUGAACAGAAACAGAUGUGUUAUUCCCUUAUUUUUUUUAAAUAAUGUGGUAUGGUACCACAGGUUUAAAUAUUUUAGCUGGCCACAGAAGAACCACUCCAUUCCUGUCUUACCUGCUCUGGUUCUUUCAGUGAUAUGUUUACAGUUGUUAAAUGAAUUGUAAAUAAACCAAACAAUAAACUAUUUUAAAUAUUGAAAUGCUUAAUCGACUUACAUCUGUAACGGAGGCUAGGAAGAUGGAGUGUGCACAGUGAAUGUCGAGACACAAUGAAAUAGACUAAAACGGUGGUUUAAAUGUUUUCUUAGGAAGCUAUGAGUACCAGAAGAUACAGCAAGUGCUUAAAAACCUUUUUCCUUCUUUGAUAAACAAUCAGAAAGGCCUCAAGCACUGUUGCUUUUUUGAAGGAAAAAAAACCUGUUUAAUGUAAUAAAUAAAUGUUUACAUUUUCUUUUUGAUAAUUUCUUUUUUUUUUAAAGGUAAUGUAUAAAGGUCUCUUAUUUUUAGAAACGCAUUUAAGCCGGGAAUAAUUUUAAUGUUUCAUUUUGUAAAGAUUGUCAUGUUUUUAUAUUAUGGUGUAUUAAGUGAAAUGCUUGGAAAGAAAAUGCUUAUGUUUUGUUGUUUCUUUGCAGUUAUGUUUCCCUAUCUCUUAAAUCUCUGUAGCAGUCAACUAACUUAACUAAGACAAAAGGCAAGUCACUGAAGACAAAUAAGAAUAAUAAAUGCAGAUUCUAUUCUGUAUAAAUAAAGCAAGACUCAAAUCUCUACAUAAUAGCAUCUUUUUUCUAAUUAUAAACAAACUGACCUCUGAUCUUUUUCAUUUCCAAUUCAAUUUUCCCCAAAAUUGUCAGGUAAGAAAUUAAAAAGUAAUAGUUUUUUAAGGAUAAGGCACAUUGUGGAUUAAUUACAGAUUACAGAGAUUAAUAACAGAUUAAUAGAGCCCAUGGUUUUUCACAUUAGUAUGUUGGAGACUACUAAUAAUUGAGAAAGUAAAAAACAUACUGUGGCAGGUCCAGCAGCAGACUGUACACAUUGCAGUGUUCCACAGUGAAUUGAUCUCUGGCCUUGUGAUUUGUUUCAGAAAACGAAAUUGUAUGAAUUUUGAAAUCUGCUCUUCGUGUAGAACUUCAGAUGCUCCAUAAAAUGACAAAGCUUGCUCAGGCCCAUCCUUUUUUCUAAUGCUGUGUUUAUGAAUACUGGUCUCUCUACCCUUGAUCCUGGAUUAACUUGUUCCCAUUGAUAUUAGCCAGCAGCUCUGUUUCACACCCAUGCUAUGUGUUGGAGUAGGAAGGUAAUGACUAUGAUCUGCACAUUCCCUUAGUUUCAAAUUCCUGAUCUAGGAAUUACAUUGGGCACUGGGAGAUUGACUUAAAAUGGCCUCUGUCCAUUUAAGAAAAACAUGUAGCAGAAAUGUGUAAACAUAACACAAGGCACACAAGACUUUCCUCUGAGACAUUAACGCUAUUGUUUUGUUAAAUGUCCCGCCUCUUUUAAAAGUAAGGGAAGUGAAUUCAUAAAAAGUUAUGAAAAGAUAUGUUCUGACUCAGUUUUCACCAAAGUGUGAAAUGAGAACACGUGAAAGCAAGAAAUGCAGUAGCAUUGUGACUAUCUUCAGUGAUAGUGCAUCUUAAUAUUUGACUUUGAUUAAUUUAUUAAUAUAUUUUGAUUCUGUUUCAUCCUACAGUAUUUGUCUGCUUAAAUUAUUUGUAUUGUUCUUGCUGUGUGUACUCUGCAUAAAUAAUGUCAGUACUAAUAAAUAAUAUGAAUCUUGAAUCAAGGUAAGAAAAAAGUUGUGAAAUGAUUGUUUAAGCGCUUAAAACGCGCAUAAGACCCUGUUUAGAAUGGAGACUCUUCUUCAAACAAUGUAUUGUACCCCUUUGAAAUGAAUGUGGGGGGGGGUUAACUGGAUAUUUUGGAUCCUUUGUUAAAUGAUAUUCUCUCCACAGGUCUCUGCUUUUGUCUUACAUUUCUACAUUUCUUUUUUUACACAAGUUUUCCCUCCAUGCAGCCUCUUGUUGAGGAUUUUUUAAAAAGGCUGGUUUGCUUUAGGUUAAUAACAAGUCACUUAAUUCUCAGGCUGUGCUUUCUAUUUAUGUAUCAUAUCACUGUAGAUGAAUGUCAAUAAACAAUCACUUUGUAAUGCAA